AUGGCGACGCCCGACACGCCGACCUACCCGCCUUUCGCCCACCUCUCGGCCAUAUCGCCCCAAUCGCGCUCGCCCGGCGUCUCUUCCGACGCGCGCACCAGCUUCACUGGCUACUCGAACGAGUCCAAGAGCAAGGAGCCGCUCGUGCGGUGGACCGACCUGGACGUCAAGGACCAAGGGCUGCGGCGCCAGCUUCAGCCGCGCCACAUCGCCCUUAUCUCGAUGGGCGGCGUCAUCGGAACUGGACUCUUCCUCGGGACGGCGCAGAGCUUGACGAUGGCGGGUCCUCUCGGCAUGCUGCUCGCGUUCAGCUUCGUCGGAGCGCUUGUCUGGUGCGUCAUGAUCUGCUUGGGCGAGAUGGUCGCGCACCUACCUCUUCCCGGCGGCCACAUCACGUUGGCGACGCGCCUCGUCAAUCCAGCGUUCGGCCUCGCUGUCGGCUGGACGUACGCCGCCAACUGGCUGCUCGUCCUCCCGGCCGAGCUGGCGGCGGCGGCGACCCUCGUCUCGUUCUGGAGCGACGCCAACCCUGCAGGGUGGGUCGCCGCGCUGUUGGUCGUCGUCGCGCUCAUCAACUUGGGCGGAACGAGGGCGUUCGGCGAGAUCGAGUUCUGGUUCAGCUCGAUCAAGAUCGUCACCAUCAUCGGCCUGCUCAUCUUGUCGGUCAUCAUCAGCGCCGGCGGCGUGCCCGGGACCGAGCCUAUCGGUUUCUCGUACUGGGCGACGCCUGGGCCCUUCGUCCAGUUCCUCGGCAUCCAGGGUGCAGCAGGUCGCUUCGCCGGCUUCGUCGCGGUCCUGCCCAAGGCGGCGUUCGCGUACGUCGGGUCCGAGAUCGUCAGCAUCGCAGCAGGCGAGGCCCGGAACCCUUCUCGCUCGAUCCCUCGAGCCAUCCGCCGCGUCUCGUUCCGCAUCGGCCUCUUCUACAUUCUCGGCACCUUCGCAAUCGGGCUCAUCGUCGCCUCGUCGGACCCUGCGCUCGCCCGGAACGACGGGACCGCCCUGUCGAGCCCGUUCGUCGUCGCCAUCGAGCGAGCCCAGAUCCAUGCCCUUCCGAGCGUCGUCAACGCCGCCUUCUUGACCGCGGCGACCUCGGCCGCCUCGUCGGGCCUCUACACCGCGUCGAGGUGUCGGUAUGGCCUGGCGCUCAACGACAACGCGCCGCGAGUCUUUGCCCGGCUCAAUCGUUACGGGCUGCCGUGGGUCGCCGUGUCGACCGGCAUCGCCUUUGGCGCCCUCGCCUUCAUGUCGGCUGGAACCCACGACGCCGCCGUUGUGUUCGCGUGGCUAUCGAGUUUCUGCUCGGUCGGCGGGCUGCUCAGCUGGGCGUGCAUCUGCUUCUGCUACCUUCGCUUCUACCACGCGGCCAAAGCGCAGGACAUCUCGAGAAACUUCUUCCCGUACCGCGCUCCCUUCCAGCCGUACGCCGCCUACGUCGCCUUUGCCGGUUUCUCGGUCAUCCUCCUCGUCCAAGGGUUCCACCUCCUCGUCCCCGGGCACUGGAACACGUCCGACUUUGUCACGCGGCACCUCAUGAUCGUCCUCUUUCCCGUCAUCUACUUUGGCGCAAAGUGGUGGCAGAAGUGCGAGACGCUCGACCUCCUCGAGAUCGACUUCUUCUCCGGCUCGCGCGACAACGACGAGACGCCCGCGUCGGUCGGCAAGAGCAAGUGGAAGAGGGCGCUCGCGGCCUUGGCCUGA